AUGGCAGAAGCUGAUUCAAACCACAACAGCGGUCGCAAUUCCUCCGGACCGCCUUCUUUAUUAACAACCGAGUCUGGUGACAAGGAGUCAUUUUUCGAAAAGAGUAACCGAAAUCAAGAUUGCAACAGAUCCAAGAAACUCAGACCUUCUAUGUUUUCAAAGGCCAUCGACGAACGAGAGCUACAACACCUACGUCUUAAAAUUAACAGCCGAGAAAGACGACGGAUGCACGACUUGAACGCGGCCCUAGACGGUUUGCGAGAAGUUAUGCCUUAUGCCCAUGGUCCGUCAGUUCGAAAACUGUCAAAAAUCGCCACUUUGCUGUUGGCCAAGAACUAUAUACUAAUGCUAAGUAGCUCCCUCGAAGAGAUGAAAAAACUGGUCAGCGAGAUCUACCAAACGAGAAAUGUCCAAGGGCCGCCCACACCUGUUGUGCCAUCAGCCAUCGCUUUGUCAUUACAAUCCUCGUGUUCUCCUUCAUCUUUUAUGGCCGCAUCUACCGUCCCAUCAGCUUCCCCAUCAACAUUGUUACCAUCUACGUCAUCGUUUUCUUCAUCAUCCUCGAUUUCUUCGUCUCCAUCGUUACCGACACUAUCAUCGUCGUCUUCUUCAUCUUCACCUUCGCUAUCAUCCGCAUCAUCCUUGUCGCCACACACCACAUCUUCCUCCACUCCGACUGGGAAAGCGACAUCUAGCCCACCACCUAGAAUGAUACCGACUCGCCACCAUUCGUCCUUUCCUUAUCACUACCCUUCGCUAUCUCACCUACCAUCCGGUCAUAUGGGCCAACCCGGAUACAAUUUAGCCAACAGCUCCCUAACUGUGACACAAACAUCCUUUGCUCCUCAUCUUUCGGUAAGUCCAGCAUCUAAUUUUUCGGUACCCGGGCCUCCGACUUUAGGACAUCUGUCUUUACCGUUGCCUUCGACAGUCAAAGAUAUUUCUUCUCCCGUGGCUGUUGCAAACAACACCAGUGCUCAUGAUCGACAUCGUCUACUUUACAGCCGCUGGCCGUGUAAGCAAUGUUUUUUUGAUUCUUCUCGUCUUCCAUUCGCGAAUUCUGACUCCAGUAAACUUUCGCCUCUAGCAACGCACACACCAACGUUACGCAAAUAG